AUGGUAAGGGCAGGGCUGGGAGAAUGGGCAGCCAUUUUCUCCCUCACACAGGGUGCCUGGCAAGACCAGCAGCUGGAGGUGAUGUCCUCAGUAGAGAACAGUGGCCACUGGAAACGUGUGGCUGGAAGGGGAAACUCUCAGGCCUCUGGUGGGGACCAGCCUGGGGUGGGGUCGGCCAGGGUCAGCUGCCUUUCCAUCAUGCUGGGACGGAGAUGUUGUGUGCGUGUGACAAAGCAUUUGAUAGCAUGCCAAAAGUUUCCUCCAUUUUGUGCGUGUCAAGUGUUUGACCAGGUCAGAAGUCUUGUUCUAUGCGAACGUGCUCACGCAGACAGAAGCGGAGGGGCUCUGUUGCUGUGCCUUCACGCUGCUGAACCGCAAGGGUCUCCUGCUCAUCAGGCUUGCGGCUCGGCCGCAAAGUGCGUCAGGUGUGCAUCCUGGGUGCUCCUUUGUGCUCUGUCCUACGGUGACACAGGCAGCGUGGGGUUAGACAGGUACCGGUCAGAUUACGGUGGCACAGGUGAUGUGGGGUUAGACAGGUACUGGUCGGAUUACAGUGGCACAGGCAGUGUGCAGUUAGACAGGUACUGGUCGGAUUACAGUGGCACAGGCAGUGUGCAGUUAGACAGGUACCAGUCAGAUGCAUGGACUCCCUACACCCCUGCUGUAGCUUCGGCAGUAAAGACAGGACGCACCCACGUCAUAAGAGGAGCACAGGCAGGGGUGUUGGUGUUAGGGCAGCCUUCAGGGUCUCCAGACCCCGGCCCCACUCACACGGCAGCCCAGGAGGGAAGGGCAGAGUCCCAGGUGUCACCUGGUGGGUCUCCCAGGAGCUGCCCCUCCCUGGAAGUCACAGGACAGGAAUGACAGAUCAGGGAACUGCAGGAAGCUGCCACCUCUGGGGUCUGAACAUGCCCAGCCUGCGGGGGCUCCAUCUCAGGGUCUUCGAGAGCCAGACAGUCUGCCUUGUGCUGCAUACCUGGCUUUGCUCUGUGCAGAACCCAGCACAUGUGAUUUUGUGUGACAUGCCAACAACCUGGCUCCCAGGACAGGAGGCCUGCCCUUGGGGAGUGGCUGCAGGAGGGUGGCGCGGGCACCAGUGAGUCUGUCUAGCCUUGUCACAGAUGCAUCACCCACCCUGUGGUCCUGAUUUCAGCUCACCUCAGAGUAAAUCAGAAUAAACCGCGCCCAGACUUUCACGAAUGCAUGUUGACACUUUCAGUUCACCCCUUUCUUUGCUAACUUUCUUCCUAUUUUCUUCCAAUGCGAGAGCUUAUUAAUUCAAUAUUUAUCAUUUUGAAUAACUUUUCUCCUUUUUAGUAACAAAAUGUACUUCACUAUUAGUAAAAUGUAUUUACUAUUUUAGUAACCAAAAUAUACUUGCCUAAUCAUGUUUAAAAUAUAGUGAUGUGAAAAAUU